AUGGCCAAUUCAACUGUUACAGUGGUUAAAAAGGCAUCAAGCCAAAUGUGUUCUGUGUCUAUGGCUUUUUACGUUAUCCUUGUGCUCACAGGUAUUCUGGGAAAUUUUUUGGUAAUGUGUGUGGUAGGUGACAAUAUCAAACGGGAGCCUGGAGGAGGACGCAACUCUGACAUGAUCCUGAUUAACAUGGCCUUUUCCAACCUGAUGGUGUCUUUGAUAAGGAACAUUCCACUGGUCAUCACAGACCUAGGAUAUGAGGUCAUACUCAGUAGGGAUUGGUGUCGCUUUCUGAUGGGCGUGUGGGUCUGGUUGCGUGCUGUAAAUGUUUGGUCAACACUUUUUCUUAGUACUUUUCAUUUUUACACUUUACGACGUAUGGGUCCUCCCUCUGCCAGUCUGAGUGCAUCACGCGGGCCCCCAAAACCUCUUCUUAUGGCCUUUUUUCUCAUCUGGACCCUCAAUCUGCUGUACUCAGUCCCAGCUUUUGUGUUUUCCACCAAAGGAGGCAAAAAUUCAAGCGAGACACUGAUGUUAGUGAGCAGUACGACCCGGCCAUUACUGGGUUGCAUCUGGGAUUUUCCCUCCACUUACAGUGGGUUGGUAUUUGCCACUACCUCCAUGGUGAUCCACGAGCUCAUCCCUAUCUUCCUAAUGAGUGGCACUAACCUGGGUUCACUGCUCAUACUUUACGCCCAUGGAAAUGUCCACAAAGCUGCCAGUAAAAGUCAGGAUGCUCCUGUUGUACGCAGAGUGCCUGCAGAGAGACGAGCAGCCAAGGUGAUUCUAGCCCUGAUCCUUUUGUUUAUCAUCUCCUGGGGUGCCAGUGUCAUCUCAGUAAACUACUUCAACUACAGCCAUGGUGGUUCAGUUUCGUACCUUCUGGUUGUUGCUCGUUUCUCCAACAGUGCCUUUAUUGCCCUGUCGCCCAUUGUACUGGCUGUGGGACACCGCAGAAUGAGAGAAGUCAUGAAGUCCAUCAUGAAAUGGAAAAAAUAA